ACAAACAACACACUUUCUCCAUAGCUCGAUCUAGCCACUAGCUAUAUAGAAACAAUGGCAGAAAUCGAAUUGUUGCACGUAACCUUCCUCCUUUCCUUCUUUCUUUUCGUUUACAAAUUCGUAAUCUUGCCCAGACAGCGUAAGCCCAAAAAUCUCCCACCCGGCCCUCGCGCACUUCCGGUGAUCGGCCAUCUCCACCUCCUCAGGGACCCCGUCUUCCGUGCCCUGGACGAGGUCUCUCAGCAAUACGGCCCCGUUUUGUUCCUCCAACUCGGGAACCGGAAGGUCCUGGUGGUUUCGUCCCUCUCCAUUGCCCAAGAGUGUUUCACCAAAAACGACAUCGUCUUCGCCAGCCGCCCUCACCUGCUUGCCGGCGAGCACCUCCAGUACAACUCCACGACCGUGCCUCUCGCCACAUACGGCGACCACUGGCGCAGCCUCCGCCGCCUCAUCACGGUGGAGAUACUGUCGGCGUAUCGCGUUGCCAUGUUCUCCGGUAUCCGGGAGGAGGAGGUGAUGCUGCUGACGAAGCAGCUGUGGGAGAGCUCCCCCGGCGCCGGGUGGACGAAGGUGGAUGUGAAGACGAAGCUGACGGAGCUGGCGUUCAACGGCAUCCUGGCGACCAUCACCGGGAAGCGGUACUUCGGGAGGGACGUGGCGGACAUAGAGGAGGCGAGGGAGUUCCAGAGGAUCUUCAAGGAGUACACGGUGCUACAUGGGAAUUCCAUGCUGGGGGACUACUUGCCGAUCAUGCGGUGGUUCGAUUUUAAAGGGGUGGAGAAGGGGAUGAAGAGGGCGAUGAAGAAGAUGGAUGCGUUUUUCGUGUCUCUUAUUGAGGAGCAGAGGAGAGUGAGGGGCAAGUCAGGGGCAUCCUCGAAUGAUGAUGCUGCGGGAGGCCACGGGAUGAAGAAGAAGAGGACUUUGAUUGAUGAGAUGCUGCAGUUGCAAGAGGUUGAACCAGAGCUGUACACCGACCAAAUCAUCAAGGGUAUUGUACUGACAAUGCUCACGGCAGCAACUGAAACUUCGUCCACAAGCAUGGAAUGGGCGAUGGGACUCCUUCUCAACCACCCAGAAGCCAUACAGAAGGCCAGAGCCGAAAUAGAAACUCACGUCGGACUAGACCGAGUGGUGGAAGAGCAAGACCUGCCCAAGCUGGCCUACCUCCAGAACAUAAUCAACGAGACCAUCCGGCUGUACCCGGCGCUACCCCUUGCGCUGCCGCACGAAGCGUCCGCCGACUGCACCGUGGCCGGCUACGACGUGCCACGCGGGACCAUGCUGCUGACCAACUUAUGGGCAAUUCACAGGGACCCAAAGCUGUGGGAUCGCCCGAGGGAGUUCGUGCCGGAGCGGUUUGAGGGGAAGGAAGGCGAGCGGCGCGCGAACCUGAUGAUUCCGUUCAGCGCCGGAAGGCGGAUUUGCCCAGGGGCGAGCUUGGCAAGGAAGGUGAUGGGGCUGACACUGGCGGUGUUCAUUCAAUGCUUUGAUUGGAAAAGAGUUGGCCCGGAGAAGGUGGACCUGACGGAAGGAAGUGGGAUCACCAUGCCCAUGGCGCGGCCAUUGGAGGCCAUGUACAAGCCACGCUCCGCCACCGAGAAACUCUUACAUGUCUGAAAGCGGGGGAUUAGCAGCUGAUCGCUAUACGCACGCGCGCGUACGAGAGUUGUUAAUUUACCAAAAAAAGCCAAAGAGACUGAUGUUAGACGUUGUCUUUAAAGUUCGAGGUCCUUCCACUCCACGAUGUUGAAUUUUAACUGCAUUGAUAUAUUUAAUAUGUAUUUGUCGCCGUCAACAAUUACCUGUUUACAUUAUUAAGAAGAAAUUCCUCGAACGUUUCGAGCAUACUUUCCAAGAUAUAGGUCUUUUUAAAUAAUAAUUUAUAAAUUUCAAAAUGGGCGGUAAAAAGUAAUAAUAUAUGCAUUUAUCAUUG